GAAGAGCUAGGGAGCGGUUGCUGAGCAGGGGCUCUACAGCAGGCAGGCAGCUGUGGCCGCAAACAGUCUAGGGUCUUACACUGGGAGCUGAAGCUUUUCCCUUCUGGGAGUGAGUGUACUGGGCGAGAGAAGAGCCGUGGGGGGAGCCGGCUGGGCCCCGGGCUGCGGCUGCAGCCACUGGGCUGCAGCUCCCCAGCCCAACUGUCGGCGUGCUUGGAGGUACUGGAAAGGUCUUGGCAGGGUGGCUGGACCCUUGACAGACUCAAAUCCAGGCCAACUGUAUGGUUGUCUGAGUAUUGGAACAGAAGGAGGUCCAUUCCUGUUGGUGACAGCACUGUGGCCCUGUUCUGGGAUGAGCCAGGUAUUAAAGGAGCUGUGAAGUCAGCUGCAACUGAAAAUGUCUGACAGCUUGGAGAACGAAGAAAAACCCCCAGCUCCCCCACUGAGGAUGAACAGUAACAACCGUGAUUCUUCAGCACUCAACCACAGCUCCAAACCACUCCCCAUGGCCCCCGAAGAGAAGAAUAAGAAAGCCAGGCUUCGCUCUAUCUUCCCAGGAGGAGGGGAUAAAACCAAUAAGAAGAAAGAGAAAGAACGCCCAGAGAUCUCUCUUCCUUCAGACUUUGAACAUACGAUUCAUGUGGGGUUUGAUGCAGUCACCGGGGAAUUCACUAACUCCCCUUUCCAGACCUCUAGACCUGUGACGGUCGCUUCAAGUCAAUCAGAGGGAAAAAUGCCAGAUCUCUAUGGCUCACAGAUGUGCCCAGGGAAGCUCCCAGAGGGAAUUCCUGAGCAAUGGGCACGAUUACUCCAAACUUCCAACAUAACCAAAUUGGAACAGAAGAAGAACCCACAAGCAGUUCUCGACGUUCUCAAAUUUUAUGACUCCAAAGAAACAGUCAACAAUCAGAAAUACAUGAGCUUUACAUCAGGAGAUAAAAGUGCCCAUGGAUAUAUAGCAGCACAUCAGUCGAAUACAAAAACAGCUUCUGAGCCUCCUUUGGCUCCCCCUGUAUCUGAAGAAGAAGAUGAAGAAGAGGAAGAGGAAGAAGAUGACAAUGAGCCCCCGCCUGUCAUUGCACCAAGACCAGAGCAUACAAAAUCAAUCUAUACUCGAUCUGUGGUUGAAUCUAUUGCUUCACCAGCAGCACCAAAUAAAGAAGUCACCCCACCUUCUGCUGAAAAUGCCAAUUCCAGUACUUUGUACAGGAAUACAGACCGGCAAAGGAAAAAAUCCAAGAUGACAGAUGAGGAGAUCCUAGAGAAGCUAAGAAGCAUUGUGAGUGUUGGGGACCCAAAGAAAAAAUAUACAAGAUUUGAAAAAAUUGGUCAAGGGGCGUCAGGUACUGUUUAUACAGCACUAGACAUUGCAACGGGACAAGAGGUGGCCAUAAAGCAAAUGAACCUUCAGCAGCAACCCAAAAAGGAAUUAAUUAUUAAUGAAAUUCUUGUCAUGAGGGAAAAUAAGAACCCCAAUAUUGUUAAUUAUUUAGAUAGCUACUUAGUGGGUGAUGAACUGUGGGUAGUCAUGGAAUACUUGGCUGGUGGCUCUUUGACUGAUGUGGUCACAGAGACCUGUAUGGAUGAAGGACAGAUAGCAGCUGUCUGUAGAGAGUGCCUCCAAGCUUUGGAUUUCUUGCACUCAAACCAAGUGAUCCAUAGAGACAUAAAGAGUGACAAUAUUCUCCUCGGGAUGGAUGGUUCUGUUAAAUUGACUGAUUUUGGGUUCUGUGCUCAAAUCACUCCUGAGCAAAGUAAACGAAGCACUAUGGUGGGAACUCCCUAUUGGAUGGCACCUGAGGUGGUAACUCGAAAAGCUUAUGGUCCAAAAGUUGAUAUCUGGUCUCUGGGAAUCAUGGCCAUUGAAAUGGUGGAAGGUGAACCCCCUUACCUUAAUGAAAAUCCACUCAGGGCCUUAUAUCUGAUAGCCACUAAUGGAACCCCAGAGCUCCAGAAUCCUGAGAGACUGUCGGCUGUAUUCCGUGACUUCUUAAAUCGCUGUCUUGAGAUGGAUGUGGAUAGACGGGGAUCAGCCAAGGAGCUUUUGCAGCAUCCAUUUUUAAAAUUAGCCAAGCCUCUCUCCAGCCUCACUCCUCUGAUUAUCGCUGCAAAGGAAGCAAUUAAGAACAGUAGCCGUUAGAACUGCGAGCCUUACCCCUCACCAUCUCCCUGAUGAGUAAGACUGAACUAAAACAUGGAAGAAAAGACAGUCGAAUGGGGUGGGGGUUCUUUAACUUUAAAGUGAAUAGAAACUUCGUAUAAGCCUUUUUCCUACUCCCUCAGACUAUGUAAUUUAUUUGUAAGCCUGAACUGCAGCCCACACAGGGCAGCAAUGUGGAAGUGACCAUUAAGUGGUCACUUCCGCCGUGAAGCGAAAGAGCCAGUAGUGAAUCCCACAUUUUGUGCAUUUACUUUGAAGAAAACGAUUUCUCAAAGAUGCACACUCCCUCUUCAUAGUGUUGUGUUUGUUUUCAAGUUAGAGAGUAGUCCCCCUUGCAUUCGAACUUCUUUCAAAACUCCUUACCCAAUGUGAUGUUUUUUCACUUGCAUUGUCAUUAGAUGUCCAGAAAAAAAUAAAAGAUGUCAAAAUG